ACGUGGCCAUGCUGGGCCUGCUCUGCUGUUUGCUGUUCUGCUGCCCACUGCUCGACUCGAUACCGACCCGGGUCCGUCACCCACUUCCUGUCCUAUGGCUGAGGCCUGCAGGUCAUGGAGGUGGGGAUAAUGUGACAGUGCAACUGGCCUUGCAGGACCUGAGGAAGCAAGCUCCACCUCUGGGUGACUACGAGGUCCGACUUGAUGUGGUGGACUUGCAGUGUGAUGUGUCAGCCGCUCUCAAAGUUUUGUUUGAUGCCAUGUGGACGGGGCCAAAGUAUCUCCUGCUCUUUGGCGGGGCGUGUCCUUCCGUGACGCCGCUGGUGGAUCGUGCGCUGCCGGCGUUCAGGAUGGUUCAGGUGUCUUUUUCAGCACCCGGUUUGUCCAACAGGAAGUGGUAUGGGAACACCUUCAGCACGGCGCCAUCAGGUCGGGCUGUCAAUCAGGCUGCUGUCAAACUCCUGCAGCGCUACAGGUGGACAUGUGUUGGCGUUAUUGCGCAGGAGGGGUCCGAAGAGAUGGCAGAAGAUCUGAGCAGACAGCUCAUGAAGGCCGGUCUUGAGCUAGUUUCCAUGGCGACACUCCAUCAUAAUACCUGCAGCGAUUUGACAGACAUGAAGGAACGUGAUGUCCGCACUUUCAUCAUCCUCACACAUUCUGAUGAAGAUUCUGUCGCUCAGGUUUUCUGCUGCGCCUCCAGAUUGAAGCUGUUUUCUUCAGGACAUCAGUGGAUCGUUGCAGGAGGAGAAGAGCCGGGAUGGAGGUCCUGGUCGGAGGUUUCUGGCUGCACAGCUGAUGACCUUCUGACGGCGGCAGACGGCGCCAUCUGGCUGAAGAUGCACCAGGAUGUUUACGAGCAGCAGGUUCUUCAGCAGAGGGCAAAGGUCAGCCCGCUCCAGGCCUUCGUCUAUGAUGCCGUGUGGGUGGCAGCCAUCGCUCUGAGCAGGGUGAUGGAGGCGGUGAAGCGGAGAGAGAAACACAACCAAAAUGUCAGCGUCACAGAGGAGGAAAUGACGAGGGCGCUGUUGGACGCCUUGAAGCGGAUGCACUUUGACGGCAUGACGGGUCCUGUUUCUUUCCAAGAUGGCGAACGAAUUACAUCUAUUCAUCUCAUCCAGUCUCAAGGUGAUGAUGUCGUGAUGGUGGGAGAGUUCCUCAGCGACACACAACAACUCAGACUGGCAAAGCAUCUGAUCAAGUUCAAAGGUUCUGCUCCACCCACGGACCGGACUCAGGUGCGUGUGGAGCAAAGUCACGUCAGCGUUCUUGCCUUCAGGAUAAUGUCAGUGCUCGCCGCUGUAACUGCCGUCUUUGCUCUGACCGUCCUCUGCAUCGUCGUCAUCAAGCGCUGCACGUGGUAUGACCUUGACAACAACACGGCCGCUUCCCAGGAUGCAAUGCUUCUGCUAGCGGUCCUUUUCUCCGCCACAUCCAUCAUGGCCGCCGGCCCCGAUGACGGCUCGCUCGCCAAACCGACGCGGGACCUUGUCUGUUCGGUUCGUUUGGGGGUUCUCUUGUUGGGUCAAACGCUGGGCUACUCUGCAGUCUUCACUCAAACAUGGCGACGUUUCUCGCGGCGAGCUCGUGUGCCGCAUCCAUGCUACGUGGCGCUGGUCUUAGCCCUGCCGGACGUGUUUGUUUUGACCACCUGGCAAAUGGUGGACCCUCUCAGGCGGGGGGUGCACAGGUCUGAGAGUGAUUCCGCCCACUCGGAUGUUAUGUUGACUCACACAGACAGCUGCAGCAGCAUCAACACGGAGGUGUGGACCACCGUUCUAUACGCUUACAAAGCACCUCUACUGGGAUUGGGAUGUUUCGUUGCAUGGAACAUCAGAAGGCAAAACACGAGCCUGGCGCUCAGUAUGUUGGUGGCGGUGGCGUUCAGUGUGGCGGUAGCUUGCGCUUGGCUGCUCUUGUCCCACAAACCUUCACUUCACUUCUGCGUGACCAGCAGUCUCAUCCUUGCCUGUGACCUUCUCAUCCUCACCGCCUUGUUGGGAGUCAAGUUCAUCAACUUGACGUCUAACAUCAGCCAGCUGCAGAGCAGAGGGGGCGGGGCUACAGAGGGCAGGGAUGAAGAGAAGCUGAACAGACAGCUGAAACACGAAAAAGCAGAGCUGGACGCUCAAAUUGACACACUUUGUGAGGCUUUGGAGGUGCAGCUUCCUCAGAGCGCCACAGGAAGUGCCAGCGGUUUUCCGUUUGAAUAUUGUAUGGACAACCUGUCGUCACACUCUGGUGGUCCAGCAGUGGAAGCUAAGGAGAAUCCAACUGAUGUCAACGCUCCUGACCUCGUGCGGCGGCGAUUGUCUGUCCAGCUGCCCAUCCUCCAUCACUCCUACCUGCCCGUCAUUGGUGGGGUCAGUGCCAGUAGCUCUGCCCACUUUGGCAGGUGUGAGGUCUUCCUGUGCCAGGACGCAUUCAGCGCCACUUCCAGCACUCACAACGCAGCGCCACAGCUCUGAACAACAUCUUCGUCUUUGAGAAUCAAAAAACGUCAUUAAGUCAUAAAAAAAUAAAAUCUUCCACUAGAGGGCGUGCUGAUGUCACUGAUUGUUUGCUGUGUAACAGUUACCAUGGAGACAUACUGGCUGCUUGAUAGACAUGAAGUUAUUAUGAGAUAGAGGCAGGGGUGCGUGAGAUUAUGUCACUGCACGCUGAUCAUAAACAUUAUGUAAUAGACCCCGACCAUGCACAUCAGCGU